CAGCCAGAGAUAAUGUUGUUAAGGCGCUUCUUAGAAACUGUGGGGUGUUUUCCUUGUCUCGUCUUACGCUGCGAGAUCCCAUUCCCGUCCGUCCAUAAAUUGAAGCGGGAUCUUCACCAGCCGAAACAGCCAUCACAGAAGUGACAGAACCCAGGGACCAAUCAACAUCGGCGCCCAUCUCGUCGAAGCAAUUCCCGGCCUCCGUAAAUCUAGAAGGAGAUUCUUCAUGUUGAACGCCACCACCCUCCGUUCAACUCUGCCGACGAUGCCUCGUCUACCAUCUUGCUCACAGUCUCCUUAUUCCGCGCCCAUCUCACGCUAUCUGCUGCUAAAUCGAUUUCGCCGGCGUCCAGUGCAUCUCCGGCCAAAAAUUAGGACGGUGUCUUGGCGAUCAAUGUCGGCUACCGCUUCAGAUUCUAGCGUUGACUCAAAGCCCAAGCCAUGGCUGCUUGUUGGCCUCGGCAAUCCAGGAAAGAAGUAUGAGGGCACGAGGCACAAUGUCGGGUUUGAAAUGUUAGAUACCAUCGCUGAAGAGGAAGGAAUCUCUGUUAGUAGCAUUCGCUUCAAGGCUCUUUUCGGAAAAGGUACUGUUUCGGGUGUUCCAGUUUUGCUGGCCAAGCCACAAACUUUUAUGAAUGUCAGCGGGGAGUCUGUUGGAUCGCUUGUUUCAUAUUUUAAUAUACCUUUGAACCAAGUUCUCCUGAUAUAUGAUGAUAUGGAUUUGCCUUUUGCAACACUGCGGUUGUUACCUAAAGGUGGACAUGGUGGCCAUAAUGGGAUGAGAAGUGUUAUAGAUCACUUCAAGGGGAGUCGUGAUUUUCCACGGUUGAGAAUUGGCAUAGGGAGACCACCCGGGAAAAUGGAUCCAGUGAACUUUGUCCUCAGGCCCUUCACUCGGCAAGAGCGUGAGGAGCUUAACGUGACAUUGCAGAAAGGAUUAGAAGGUGUCAGAAUUCUUCUGCUAGAAGGGUUUAACAAAAGUGCAUCAUUUGUUAAUCAAGCCAAGGCAUCGAAUCUUCUAAAUAGCUGAUCUUCUGAUGGUUGAUAGUCAGAUCAGCUCCUGUUCUUGAUCAACAGAAUACUGGCUUCUAGACUUGCUGUUUGUAAGGCGCGCUGGGAGUUCUGUUGAAUCAGAUGACAUCCUGACGUUCUUGAACUCCAAAUUGAGUCAUUAAUAUGGCCGAUUAACUUUGGCGGAAAUCAACCAGAUGGUAGUAUUUUUUUAAGCAGCCCUACCCACAGCAUAUGUUGAUUGAGCUUCGUCAAUGGGAAAUGUCUUCAUCAUGUCAUGGAAGCGUAUGCAAACUGGUGCCCUUUUUCUCUCACCCUUAAAUAUUCAUGUUCUUUGAAGCCUUUCUUCGUUGGCUGUUCCAAUCGACAUGAUUGUACGAGGAAUAGAUUAUGAAAGUGGUCUUUUGAAGAACAUCUUAUUGAAGCAAUUCAGCAUUUUGCUUAAGCUUA